AUGAAAUCCUCUUCCGUCUAUCCUGCUAUCUUAUUCUGCCUCCUCUUCCCCGAUCUCCUCUUCCGUCACUCCUCCUCUCCUCUUCCCUCUUCCUGCCUCUCCGUCCUGCUAUCUCCUCUUCCGCCUCUCCUGCAAUCCUCCUCCCCCUCUCUCCUGCUACCCUCUUCCGCCUUCUCCUUCUGCUAUCCUCUUCCGCCUCUCCUGCUCUAUCUCCGCCUCCCUGCCUCUCCCCCGAACCUGCUAUCCUCUUCCGCCUCUUCUGCAAUCCUCUUCCCGAACCUCUCUCCCGACUCUCCUGCUACCCUCUUCCGCCUCCUGCUAUCCUCUUCAGCCUCUCCUGCUGAAUCCUCUCCCAAAUCCUUCCGCCCCUGCUAUCCUCUUCCGUCAUUUCCCUGCCUGAUCUUCUUUCACCUCUCCUGCUAUCCUCUUCCGACUCUCCUGCUAUCCUCUUCCGCCUCUCCUGAAAUCCUCUUCCCGCCUCUUCUGCUGUCCUCUUCCGUCUCCUGCUAUCCUCUUCCGCCUCUCCUGAAAUCCUCUUCCUCUCUCUGUCUUCCUCUUCCGUCUCUCCUGCUAUCCUCUUCUGCCUCUCUUCGCCUCUCCUCCUCCGACUCUCCUGCUCCUCUUCCGCCUCUCCUGAAAUCCUCUUCCGCCUCUUCCCCACCUCUCCUGCUAUCCUCUUCCGCCUCUUCUGCUAUCCUCUUCCGCCUCUCCUGA